GCCCGGGCUGGCGCGGCGGCGCGAGGGGCGGGCUCUCGGGCUCCCGGCGGCUGCUUGCGCCCCAGCGCGCGCCCAGGCGCCUUGGAGUCCCCGUCCUUGGGCCCCCGCAAGGUCCCCUGCCGUGCGCGAGGCAGCAUGAUGAGGCGCACCCUGGAAAACCGGAACGCUCAAACGAAACAACUGCAAACAGCUGUCUCAAAUGUGGAGAAGCAUUUUGGAGAACUGUGCCAAAUCUUCGCUGCCUAUGUGCGGAAAACUGCCAGGCUGAGGGACAAAGCCGACCUCCUGGUGAAUGAAAUCAACGCGUAUGCUGCUACAGAGACCCCACAUUUAAAGCUGGGCCUGAUGAACUUUGCUAAUGAGUUUGCCAAACUUCAGGAUUAUCGACAAGCAGAGGUUGAAAGACUUGAAGCCAAAGUAGUUGAACCCUUGAAAGCUUAUGGGACCAUUGUGAAAAUGAAACAGGAUGACCUCAAGGCAACAUUCACAGCAAGGAAUCGAGAAGCUAAGCAGUUAACUCAGUUAGAAAGAACACGUCAGCGAAACCCAUCUGAUCGACAUGUUAUUUCACAGGCAGAAACGGAAUUACAGAGAGCUGCAAUGGAUGCUAGCCGAACAAGUCGUCAUCUGGAGGAAACUAUUAACAACUUUGAAAGGCAGAAAAUGAAGGAUAUAAAGGUUUUCCGAAAUUCUCUGUAUGCACCAGAUUAUUCAUCUCGUUUAGAUAUUGUACGAGCAAAUUCAAAGUCAUCUCUUCAGAGAUCACUGUCAGCUAAGUGUGUAUCUGGAACAGGACAGGUAUCCACUUGUCGACUAAGAAAGGAUCAACAAGCAGAUGAUGAUGAGGAUGAAGAGUUAGAUGUCACAGAAGAAGAAAAUUUUCUUAAGUAAACAUUUCCAUUUUCAUCAUAAAUGACAUGGAAUCCACAAUGACUAAACUAUAGAACUUUAUACUCACUUUGAUAUGUUAAGCCUCAAAGUGAAGUCCAACUGGAAACAAAAACAAUUAAAGGAAACUUAUGCUGACCAAAAAUGAAGGCUUUAAAAAAUAUUACAUACCAGUCAUUUCAACAUCCUACCUAGUGUUAGGUGAUUUUUGUGUAAGUACCUUUUUUUUUCAAAGAUGCUGUAUUUCAGAGUAUUUCAUAUGAAUGUACUAUAUCUACUUGAAGUUCCAAUAGUACAUUAUGACAGAAACCAAAAGAUCUAACAAUUCUGCUUAGCUUUUUGGGUUAAGACUCCAUGCUUUCAUUACCAGAAAAGGGUCCUAUGUAGUCAUUCUGAUUACAUGUAAUUCUAUUCCAUGAAGCCUUAAGAAAAAAUAUUUUUUUUACUUUCCCUUAAAACUUUAUCAUUUGAUAAGUAAAUUUACUUUUCAAGAGUAUAAUCAAAGAGUAAAGAUAAUGUGACACUAAGAUAUCAGUGUUUUAUGAAUACACAUAAGGCAUAAAUUUCAGCUGUAAAAAAAGCCACAUUCAAUCUGACUCUGGUUUUAAAACAAAACUGCUGUCAUACUUAUACAUGAUACUGCAACUUUUGGAAGGCUAAUUUAGUGGAAUGUUGCCUCUUCACAGAACACCAUAAAUCAUUAAAAAUUCUAUAAAAAUUUUACCAAGCUACCAUGCAGUUAAUAAAAGGGUAUACAAUCACUUUUAUUUCUGAAAAUAUAAAACAAUUGGAGCCUUUCAGUGUCUCUGAUGCUUCUCUUUUGGUAAGGAAUUAUACUUUUAUUUCAUGGAUCCCAGGCAGGCAUAUAAAAGGGAAUUUAUAAAAUCAUUUGGGAUAAUUAGAAAAUGCAAUUAUUCAUAACAGAAAAAUAAAGAUUUCUAGAAAACUUUUGACUUUGUCAUUCAUGGCUCUUAGCAAAGCACUCCUUCCUGAGAAUAGUCCUAAGUGACAAAGUUAUUUCAGUACUUUUUUUGUAAAAUAUUUAAAACAUUUUAAAACCCUAAAUAAAUUGAUAUUAAGAAACUCAAGAUUAUCCUUGGAUAUUUACUGCUCCCUCAGUAUUUAAAUUUGGUUGUAGUUCGGGGGAAAACAGUUAUUAUAUUUAUUUUGCUGUUUACUAAACAGCAACUUCUCUUGAGCAUUAUUUGCCUUAUUUGUAAAGUAAAAACUGCAUAAACCAAUAAUUCUAGAAUAAAACAUACAUUCUGCCUACCUCAAAGAAAUAUUCUAAGAACAAAAGGAAUACUAUCCAUGAAAAUACUUUCAUUAAUGUAAAAUUUUCAUUAUUUAGACCAGACCUAGGUUGGCAAACUUCUUAAAGGGCCAGAUAGUAAACAUUUUUACUCUUUGUGGGUUGAGGCAAAUUCAAGACUAUUAUAUGGGUACUUACGUAACCAUUUAAGACUUAAGUACACUUAAAAAUGUAAAAAACCAUUCCUAGCUUCCCACUGCAGCAACAACAAAAAACAGGCAACCAAUCCAACCAACCCAGCCUGUAAGUCUCCAUCUCUUAUCUCCAAAAUAGGAAUACAAAUUGAGUAUCCUUUAUCUGAAGUGCUUGGGACCAGAAGUAUUUAAGACUCUGGAUUUCUUCAGAUUUUGGAGUAUCUGCAUUAUACCAGUUCAACAUUCCUAACCCAAAAAUCUGAUAUCUUAAAUGCUGCAAUGAGCAUUUUCUUUGAGCAUCAUGUUGGCACUCAAAAAGUUUGCAAUUUUCGGAGCAUUUGAAAUUUCAAAUUUCCAGAUCAGGAAUACUCGACCUGUAGUACAUUUACUAGGAUUAUCAGAAUUAAAUGAUAGUUAAUUCAUACAUAAUUAUACAUCAUAUAGUAUCUAAUACACCUCAAUAAACAACAGCUAUUAUUUACUGCAAAAACAGAGGCAGCAAGGUCACUACUUAACAGGUGAUAUAUGGAUCAAGAACCACUGCUCUUAACAGUGAUGUCAGUAAAUUAAUAGAAAUGCAUUCCUAAUAUGAUUUUUACCUAUCUCUUUGUUGUGGGAUUGACUUUCUAGACAUGAUCUACAUUUUUUUUAGAUACUUUCUAGACAAAAAUGUUGAAGACAAAUGCCACUGGAUAUCAGACUAGAGAAUACACCUCCAGUGUACCUGGUAUACCUUGAGGAUAGGAGAGGAAAAACUGGCUAUGAGAUGACAAUUACUGAAGCUGAGUGAUGUGUACAUGAAAAUUUACUAUUCUUUUUUUAUAAUUGAAAUUGAUGAGGUGCUAGGAAGCUGGCUCUCUGAGGGGACAACGGAAGGGGAAUUCCUUGAUUUGCUGCAUUUAUCAAUUUCCAUGGUGUAAAAUACUCCUGUCAUGGCCAAUUUGUUAUUGACAUAUCACUAAAGGCAGAGUUGGAGAGAGAUGUGCAAAGAUGGCUCCCAACUAGAAGACAUCACUUCUGUAAUAAAUGUUUUAUAAUGAAGUUUAAAAAUAUUAAGCCCUGAUAUAUUAUGGAGUAAAAUGAAAUAUUCACAUAAUUUAAAAAUCAAAAUACAAGACUGGGCACAGUGGUUCACACCUGUAAUCCCAACACAUUCUGGGAGACCAAGGAGGAUGGAUUACUUGAGGCCAGGAGACCAGAAAUUUGAGAACAGCCUGGGCAACACAGUGAGACCCUGUCUCUACAAAUAAUAAAAAAAGUUAGCCAGACAAGAUAGCACACAGCUGUAGUCCCAGCUCUCAGGAGGCUGAGGCAGGAGGACAGCUUGAGCCCAGGAGUUGGAAGCUGCAGUGAACCAUUAUCAGACCACUGCACUCCAGCCUAGCCAACAGAACAAGACUCUGGCUCUUAAAAUAAUAAAACUACAAAGCUUAUGUUUACUAUAGCUGGCCUCUUAUCUACCACCACCAUCCCACCUCAGCCUAGUUUGAAAAGCAAUUCCACAGUAAGUAAUCCCUCACGUUAAGCUUCAUCUUAGCUUUAUUCCUUUGUAUUUGAGUAUUUUUUAACUUUCCAUAUAUUCAAGAUGGGUGACCAAAUGAACCAUCUAUACAAUCUCUGCUCAAUUAAAAAUAUUUCUUUCUACUUUCUUUAUUGUGCUUGGUUUGGAUAUUCCAAACAAUUUAACGUCAUCCUAGCUACUUACAAGCUUAAAGAAUCAUACUGCGGUGCUUUUUUGUAUCAAAUUUACCUGUUUAUUCAUUCCAUAGUGAGCAGGAUAUUCACUAUUUAAAACAAAUUUAAGCAGAUUUGUUAGAUUUCUUUACAUCACUGAAAAGUAACACAAAAAUACAUAUAGGUAGUAACUAAGUACUGACAAAGUAUUCUACCUAUGCAAUGUCCUAUUAAAUGUCUAAAUUACCCUAUGCAAAUUCAAUUGUAUUCUUAUUUACUCAAUGGGGAAAAUCUGGAUUACAGAACUGAGGAAAAUUAUGUUUUAUGAAAAUUAUAAAAGGCCAACCAGAGUCAAUCAUGUUGAAUAAAAUGAACAAUUGUGAAAUAUAAGCCAGUAAUAUACAAUGUGAGUAUCCCAAGAGAAAUCCUGGACAGAAAGAAACUUUUAAAGUCACUCGGGUUUUUUUUAUUAAUAAUGUUAAUGUUUGAGCUUAAUGUUUGAGCAUGCUGGUUUUACCUUUUUAUGCUAAUUUUAAACCAACAACCGAAGUCAGAAAAUAUAUCACUUAUCCUUGAAAGUAUCUUUAGCAUGGUCUUCCUAAUUAAAAAUACUACUUAAAAAAGUGAGGCAGCAAAAACAUGAACUGGAGUCAGUGGUCUGUCUGGUUAAAACUGGCCCCAUGAUUUAUUACCUGUGACUUCAAGCAAGUUGCUUAACCUCCCACUUCAUUAUCUCAUUUGUGAAAUAGAGGUAAAUAAUUAACCCUGUACUCAUAGGGAAUACUGAGAUUAUGCAUGUAAAGUGCUUACAGUGCCUAGCACAUAGUAAGUGCCUAAUAAAUGUUAGCCAUAAAUAUUAUUAUGGGUACAGAAAAUCAAAUUCCCUAUUUGCAAAAUGUAUGCACUAAAUGCUGAAUAUCAAAGAAGUCAAAAUUCAACCACACAAGUCUUAACAGUUAUGGAGUCUUUGCAUGGACACAAAGUUUUGAAGCUAAAAAAUGAGAACCUAAUAUUACAUGCAAGUUAUGUGACUCAUCAGUAAAUUUUUCCUAGGAAAACUAUACCAUUUGUCAGAUUCUUCCCAGCAUAAGCCUGAGUCCUCUUGCACCUAUAAUUAGAUUCUUAUUUUACUGUCUUUUGCGUAUGUUGUAUUAAUCUUAUUUGGUUGAUAAGAUGUUGAAGAAACCAUGGAAUUAUACACAGCACUAUACAUUAUUACUAUAGAAUGUCUGGUCCCUCCCAUCAUAAAUAUAGUUUAAUGAAGUUACUGAAAAACUUCACAGUAUCAAGCUGCAAUUCUUUUUUCUUUUUAUACAAAUACAAGUUAAUUAGUUGUUCUAUUAAGUUGCAAUUUUAUUGUUAUAAAACUUUGUAAAGUUAUGAACAUGGAAACCCUAAGAUCACCUAAGCUUUUUACAUAAGUAAAUUUCAAGUUGACAGUCUGUCCAUUUUGAACUAUUUAUAAUUAACAGGACACUUAACACAGUAAUAUCUCAGACAAGGAAGAGGGCAUUAAUUCUGCAGGCAAGUAGCAAUGAAAAUGCCAAACCUGAACAGUCACUAUUUCCUUAUACAGUUUGAGUAAACGAUGUAGACUACAGAAUGAAAAAAAAAAAAAGUGAAUAUAAAAUGUAUCUUCCCCAAAUACAACUCAACUUCAGUAAGUCUUGAAGCUUACCCAUGACAUCAACAAAAUGAACGAACUCAGGGAAUUAGUUCUUUCUCCC